CGCACUGACUCAACUACGAAAUAUGGCGGCUGACGACUGCUAGAGAAAAGUGUUGGGAUCUGAUCAAUUUCGUUAAAAAGCUGCCCUGGUCAGUACUACAGGGCCAUAGUUGCACACUGGGUGGACCACCUGCCUGUCAUUCCCAUUGCCUUGUAGAAUAACCACAUUACCCAGGAGCCAUCAUGGGCAGGACAUCAGUCAAAGAUCAGAAGGAGAAAGCAGGAAGUCUCCUUCCUCCAGGUCCCACUCCUGCUAAAGAGCCGUUCAGUUGGGAGGAGUACCUGAAGGAAACAUCAUCUACCCCGGCUCCACCUAGCUUCUUCAGACAGUCCAGAGUCCCUCCCUCCAAUGACUUCAAGGUUGGGAUGAAGCUGGAAGUCCAUGACCCUCGGAACUCCACCUCUGUGUGCAUCGCCACUGUGAUGGGCAUGACGGGUGUGCGCCUGCGUCUUCGUCUGGAUGGCAGUGACAACACCAAUGACUUCUGGAGGCUGGUCGACUCCUCAGACAUCCAGCCUAUAGGAACCUGUGAAAAGAAUGGGGACAUGCUGCAGCCGCCGCUGGGCUUCAGAAUGAACGCGUCUUCCUGGCCCAUGUUUUUGCUGAGAACCCUGAAUGGAGCAGAGAUGGCCCCGGCUACCGCUUUUAAAAAGGAGCCUACACCACUGUCCCAGAAUAACUUUAAGCCAGGGAUGAAGCUGGAAGCAGUAGAUAAGAAGAACCCCUACCUCAUCUGCCCUGCUACCAUCGGAGAGGUGAAGGGAGAGGAAGUGUUUGUGAUGUUUGACGGGUGGAGGGGGGCGUUUGACUACUGGUGUCAACACCACUCUAGAGAUCUCUUCCCUGUUGGAUGGUGCUCCGUUACCAAACACAGCCUGCAGAAGCCUGGCAACAGUGUCAACCUGCCAAAGAACCUGCAUGUCCUAACAGCAGCCCACAUCCCCUCCAAGCCUAGCCGUAGAUCCAUGCCUGUGCCCUUCCGGCUUCCCAGCCCCCUGCCCCCGCUGCCUGUCAGGAAGGGGGUGCGGGGGCGGCGCCCCAAGAGUGAGACCAUCGCCCUGCUGAAGGCUGUAGCAGAGGCAGCUGCUGCUCAGAACGGCACGGCUCCAACCUCUAACUCACUGCUGGCUCCCAGGCCUCACAAGAAGAGAGGCCCUAAACCUGGCAGCAAGAGGAAGCCCAAGGUGCUCCAGAACGUAAUGUCUUCAGGCGCUGCGGAUGCCAAGCUGUCAGGGGGUCAACAGGACCUCUUCAGCUCUGUGGUCUCUACAGUGUGUGUGUAUGUGAACAAGCAUGGGACCUGUGGGCCUCACCUGGACAGGAAGCAGAUGCAGCGUCUUCCGGACCACUUUGGGCCAGGUCCUGUUAACGCGGUGCUGCAACAGGCAGUUCAGACUUGUCUAGACUGUUGUUACCAACCAAAGGUGCUGCUCAGAACUCUACAGGCACACGCUGGGGGAGGAGAGGUUGUCAGUGUGAGGAUGGAUGGUGGAGUUCGUCUGGUGAAGCUGCCCUCAGCCUCAAGCGCCUCCUUUGUGCUCCGCUUCCUGGAGACGCUGUGCCGCACGCUGCAGAGUCAUUUCCUCUUCAGCUCCCAGCCCUUCAGCAACAUAUACACCUACAGUAAAUAUGGUAACGAUACCUACAGCACCGCCAAGGCAGGUAACUGCCCCCACAGCACCGCCAAGGCAGUGAAGGAGGAGGCGUUGGAGGCCCCAUCACUGAGCCAGGGGAUGAAACGUCUAUCUAGAGACGCAUCCCCCUACGCAGUCCCCCUUUCCCCUAAACUACUGUGCACAGAGGCACACCUCUCAGAAGCAGAUACUCUGCCCCAUGAGGAGAACAGCCUUCUGAAGGAGCAGUGCUUCAUGGACUCUAACUCCAUGAUGCUGCACAGCACCUCUGACUACCACACCCACUCCCAGGCCAGCAGCCCCUAUUACCCAUGCCAUGGCCCCGAACGCGCCCACAGCACGCCACUGCACCGCCUUGCCUCCAACCCUGCGGACCUCCCCUGUACACACACCAACAGAGGAGUGGAAGCCGCCAGCUCCACCACGGGCCCCGACAGACAGACCCCCAGGGGGGCGGGGUUGGGCAGGAACCCCUCUAACUGGUCCAUCGAUGAGGUCAUGCAGUUUGUGAGCGACGCCGACCCCUCAGCCCUGGCCCCGCACGCUGAGCUGUUCAGGAAACACGAGAUUGACGGCAAGGCCCUGAUGCUGCUGAGGAGUGACAUGGUGAUGAAGUACAUGGGUCUGAAGCUGGGGCCUGCCUUGAAGCUGUGUCAUCACAUAGAGCGGCUAAAACAGGGCAAAUUGUAGAGCUGAAACGCAGAAUGGAACAGGGCAAAUUGUAGAGCUGAAACGCAGAAUGGAACAGGGCAAACUGUAGAGAUGAAAAGCAGAAUGGAACAGGGCAAACUGUAGAGGUGAAACACAUAUACUGAAACGGCAAACUGUAGAGGUGAAACUGGAGAGCUGAAACACAGACAAACAGGGCUAACUGUAGGGCUGAAACUGUAGAAUUGUAACAGACUGAAACAGGGCAAAUGGACUGAAACACAGAAAAGAACAGGGCAAGCUGUAGAGCUGAAACGGGGCAAGCUGUAGAGCUGAAACGGGGCAAGCUGUAGAGCUGAAACGGGGCAAGCUGUAGAGCUGAAACGGGGCAAAUUGUAGCAGGUCCCAGAUUAGCCCGGCCUCACAGACCCCAGGUGAGAAACGGCUCAUCCUACCACAGAAUGUCCCACAGCGUCUCUUACAGGUGACCCAAUACUCAACCUCUAACAGUCUCUUCAGGGGCACACAGCCCCCUCUAGCCCCCAGCCUGCACUAAGCCCUCUUUGUCUCUGAGCUCUCUCACUCCGGUUAUGUUAUCUGUGGUAACAUGCCUCUAACAUACAGACAGUGUGGAAACACAUGGUGUGGAUCAGUGAAAACAUGCGUCGUGCAUCGCUGGCACCACAUUACCUCAUCCCUUCCCCAGCCAAUCAGAGCUGGGCAAGCCAAACACAGAAGGCUGUGAUUGGUUGGAUCCCAAAGCAACAGACUCUCUCCAUAGUGUUUACAUUGAAUAGCACAGACUGACUAACCUACACUAGGACAUGCUAAGACUUUUUACUGAGUAAUGUUUCAUCCUGUUUCUGGAUCCCAAAGAUGUACAAUGUUUUCUUCUGACGUUCUGUUUUUAUUAUCAUAAAUAUCCUGUUAAUAAGGAGGAUGUGUAUUUAAAUUUAACAGUGACGAUAUUAGAUGCAACCCUGUUUACAGCUGCAGAAUGUCUGUUGUCUAUUUCAAUUCCUGUUAGUUCAAUAAUGUGUCCAUGAUGCUGGAUGAUCUGCAGUUUAAGGUAGACCUUUGGCCUGUUGCCAUGACGGUCACUAGCCUCUCAUGGUAAAGGGUGAAAUGUGUGUUAGCAGGUGACUUUCCCCAAUGUAAGAUGGCCAUUGUCUUAAACAGCUAAACGUUUUAUCUAAUGCCUGUCAGACGGACAUUGCUUUUGAAACUCAAAAUCCCUGUGAGUGUGGUGUUUGAUGUGGGGAUUAAUGAAGGUCAUGCUGUUAAAGAGAUCGCCCCUACUGGUGGUGUCAAGCACGGAGGCUUUGUCCAGUUUUCAUCAAUACAGAACUGUCGAGAAAGAUUAUUUUAAUUUAUUUCCAGAAGUUAUUUCAGAUGACUGCUCAGUGAUUCUAGUAGUUAUUUCAGAUGACUGCUUAGUGAUUCUAGAAGUUAUUUCAGAUGACUGCUUAGUGAUUCUAGAAGUUAUUUCAGAUGACUGCUCAGUGAUUCUAGUAGUUAUUUCAGAUGACUGCUCAUUCUAGUUUCAAGAGUAAAGGGGACAUAUUAAAGGGCUUUCUAUCUAGGUUUCAGUUUGAUAUUAAAGGUGCUAUACACAGGAUUUUUUUUAAUUUAAAUUUUGUGUUGUAAUUUCAGAAAAUGUCCAUAAUAUAUCUACAGAAAUAGUGGAAUGAUAGUGUGUUUCACAGUAUUGCUUGCCAGUGUUGUGAUUGACUGAUAUUCACCUCAAAAUGUAAUAGUUUUGACUUUAACUGUGUUAUCAAGUGGGAAUCGCUCUGCAAUUUAAAUUGUACAAUGAUUCCCUACACUAUUCAGUGCUUGUUUUCUCACAUAAACUGAAAUUGAGCAAACAGUGUCACAACCAGGGAAUUUCCCCCCCCAAAAAUCCACUAAACAACAGUCUGAAUUUACAAUGCAAAAAUUCUACAAAAAAAUCCUGUGUAGCGUCUUUUAAUAUUAGUCCGAGUCGGAGAUAUCCUCACCUGCUAUUGGUCCCUGCAGGAAGUCAUGUUGUCAGUUGGACCAUUUGUUAAAACAUAUUUAUGGGUUUAACCAUAAAUAUCAGACACAAGAAUGUACAUUUUUGUAGAAAAUAAAUAUUUUAAUGAAAUUUAUAUAUAAGUAGAAAUGUAAAGAUUAUGGGUGAGUGAGGGACAAUAUAUUUCAUACUGCCUUUUUAAUGCUUUAUAUAUCUUUUAGUUGAAACGCCCUCAACAUAAUACAGCAGAACCUGCCUUUACUUUGAGAUCUCUCAGGGCGUCUUAGUUAAUAAACUUUUGUAGCAUUCUGUUCUGGGUAUUGUAAACCAUUCUUCAGUUGCUGGUGAGUUGAAGUUAAGGACUCAUUGUGCCAUAAAGCAACACAAGAACAUAGUGUUCUUGUUAAAUUAUUUUAAAGCAGCUCAAAUUACUUGAAAAAGAUGCUGUAAGUCAUGCUUGUUUAUAAAGUCACACCUAAAAUAAAAGUGUAUUUUCUGUUUUAUAGAUAUCCCAAAUGGAAA